GUUAUCAAUACAAAUGUGCUUUAUGAGAAAUUGUGUAUAUAAUUAAUUUAAAUAAUUCAUGGCGGUUUUGCAUCGCGCUUUGUUCACUUGGUUCAAUUUGCUCAUAUUCUUGAUCUUACUUGUCUUGAGGCUUGAUCAGAGAAUACAAUGGAAUUGGUUCAUAAUUUUCAUUCCAAUGUGGCUUUACGACAAUAUUCUCCUUAUUUAUAUUGUAUUCAAUAUGAUUUCGUACUGCAAGAAUGUACGUAACUUUAGUUUGAAGCGAGAAACACGAUACAUGAUAGCUGUGAUCUUGAAAUUGUGUGCACAGAUUUUGAUUUGUCUGAAAUUAGAGGCCCCUCACUGGUCUCUACCAGCGAAAGCAGUAUUAGCACCAUUCUGGCUGCUUUUGCCAAUAUUAGCCAUAGAUGUUAUUUAUCAAUUAAUGUUACAAACUACGUAUUGAUAAUG